AAGUCAGUUUGCGACGGAGGCCGCGGCUCCCGGCCGGGGGAGCCGAGAAGAGGCGAUCCGCAGCCCAGCGCUCGGCCCUCGAGCCCGCUCUCCGCCAGCCCGGAAGCUUGCUUCCUUCUCCGCGCGUCUCGCCCGCGCCGCAGAGUCUUGGCGCCGGAUCCCGGCGGGUGUGUGAGCCCGGGAGCAGCGGAGCCUCGCGCGGCCAGGACUCCCCAGCGCGAGGGCGGCAGGGGACGCCGAGCAGCUGCUCGCUAUGAGGAGGGCAGCGGGCCUCGGGCGGAGCGGCCGCGUCCCCCGGGCCUGAGCGCCCACCCGCCGCCGCCGCCGCCGCCGCCGCGGGGACUGCCCCGACCCCCAUGCGCUUUCGGCCAUGAGCUCUCGGUGAAUACGCGGCGUGGGCAGUCGUGGACCUGACCCUUCGGGAGGUAACGCUGGUUCAGCUUUGAGUGGCCUGCGAGAGUGAAAAAACCCUAACAUGGAGGACUUUUCCACCAGGACCUAUGGCACCAGUGGCCUGGACAACAGACCUCUGUUCGGAGAAACGUCGGCCAAGGAUCGAAUCAUCAAUUUAGUUGUUGGCAGCUUAACAUCCUUAUUGAUUCUAGUAACGCUGAUCAGUGCUUUUGUUUUCCCUCAACUACCUCCAAAACCUUUGAAUAUAUUUUUUGCUGUCUGCAUCUCUUUGAGUAGUAUUACUGCCUGCAUACUUAUCUACUGGUAUCGACAAGGAGACUUAGAACCGAAAUUUAGAAACCUAAUUUACUAUAUCUUAUUUUCUAUCAUCAUGUUAUGUAUAUGUGCGAACCUGUACUUCCAUGACGUGGGGAGGUGAGGCUGCAAAGGAGAAAUACUUACCAGGUCUCUUCAAAGCUAUACAUUAGGACUGUUGAGUCAGAGCCGGGUAAGCUAUGCUGAAGAAUCUCCUGCACAAGUCUGAUACAUGAUUUUCAUGUUAAUUGUAAAUCUAAAAUUCCCUCUUGCAGGGGAGACAUAGCCUAGAUUGCUUUGCUUUUUCUUUAAGGAGGUGGUGUUGCACCUAAACAUUCCAACCCUUAAAGCUCAAAGGGCACAAGCAAUUUUCACUUUUGAAAUUAGACUUUUUAUAAUGUAAGUGCAUGGCGAAAGGCUAUGUAACAAUCUUGCAUUUUAAGACAAAUAUUCUUUUAUUUCUGUUAAACUGAAUAUACAAUUAUUGUUCCCUAGGCAACCAACUUUUGCUUAUAACUACAAUUUCACAUUAACAAAACACAGACGGUGAAAAGACAACUUUGAUUGUGAAGAUCUAAUUACAAUAAUAAAUAAAAUAAUUUAUACAAGGUUUUUUUUUUUUUGUGACUUUUUUAUAGGGGUCAUGUUCAUUAAAGCCCUAGAGGCUAAUUUUGGCUUCACCUUCUCUGUAAAUACAUGAAUGACUCUUGAUUUCUUUCCUUUUAUAACAGAAGCAAAUUUUGUUUUUUUAAAUUGCCUGAGAGGGAGAAGUUAUGUCACACCCCACCAGCUGAUGCACUAAAGUGAAGGGCAGACUCAUACCUUCCUCAACGAUUUCCUGGGUAAUUUGUAUAGCAAAAUAUGUGAGAGUCGGAGUAUAGGGUAGGCAACCGUACUUCCUUCCCAUUUAAUUUUACUUCAAAGUGCUAACUUUGUAAACUGACAACAGUGGGUUCUGAAGGGGUGAAGACUCUAGCUUCUGGUGAGCUGUGUUGCUAUUCUCUUCCAUAUUCCCUUUAUAAGUAAUAAAAAACCUGUAGUGAAUAUUCUUAAUUCUUAUAAUGCUUCUUUGUGUACCCAGCCUGAAUCAGCUCCCACUGCCAGCAAUGGGUAAACCAAUAGUCAUGGCCACACAGUGCCCUCCUAGGUCUCUGUAUGGGAUGCUGGGCACCUUUCAAACUAAGGGUACGUGACAUUUCUGAGCAUCACUGGUAAGCUCUACACCAUGUUGAUGGGAUGUCUCCGAAAUAUGAACAGGCCUACUUGAGACUGGAUAGAGCCAUGUCCGAUCUUUAGAGAUGAGUAUGACUGCUUUGUAAAACGAAGUAGAUAAGCUUUGGUGAUUGUAAACUUUUCUCAGUAGCUGAAAGUGAAUGAAAUUCCCUGCUGACAAUUAACACCAAUCACAGGGAUCUACGCAGUUAAGACCUCCAUACUCAGUUCAUCUACACACUGUCCUAAGACUGACCUCAGAUGGUAUAUUUAAAGGAGGUAAAUAGUCAUAGCAGCAACAUGUAUGUGGCUUAAGCACUGUAGUUAUUUAAAAGCCAAAGGAAUGGUAAAUUAAGCCUCUUGGGAGUUGCUCCUAUUUCUUUGGAGAUGUUGUAAUUAACAGUGUGGCUUCUCUGCCUAAGCUACCUGUCUCUUAAGAAUUACCUAAUGACAGUUGACCAAAUCCUCAACAUCCUUUGAGUCUUCUGAAACAGGACUGCCCAAAGAUGAUCCAAUGAUAUUUGAUUCUUCUCGAUGAUGUUGGAGUAUGGGAUCUGUAAUGAGUUAAGUGUUAAGUAAGUUUACAUGUAUGUACUCUAAUCCAUGUCAAGAAGGUAUAGUAAGUACUCGACCAAAGUGCAAAAUCUUAACAAGAUGACUACUGUUGGAUCAAGUAGCCUGAUGUUCCCCUUAAGAUUUAUCAGGCACAUGAUGGAGUUGUAUCACAGUACCUGUUAGUGUUGUCAAAGGCAAGACAGAUUCAGUAUCUAUAACAUCAGAUGCCUGGAUAAAGCCAUGUGGUGAAGGAACGAUAAGUAUGGUUUCAUCAUCAAUGGCUGUUUGAUCAACUUGUUCUUCUAUGGUAGGAGACUCUAGAUCCUAAACGGUAGCAAUUAAAAAAAAAAAAAAAAGACAUUCUGACUCCUAUUUCUUAGUUUUCCUUAAGCUCCCAAACACGUUUAGGUUUAAAAGGACUUUAUAGUUAAACAUUAUCCCAUUUUAUAAAGAAAAGAAAAUUAAAGCAUAAAAAUGGACAAAACAGAACUUAAAAGGAAUUCAGUUCUAGGUCCCCUGAACGUAGAAGAAACAGCGCUGUUACACUGGGGUAAGUAAGGUUGCUAAGCUGUACCACAAAGACCUACUACUAACCACUCUCCUGAAAAUGGUUCCAUAGGUCCCAACAAACAAAUCUCAAUCUGUUGGAAGGGUACAGGGGGAAAAGUUUCGGUGCUAAGGCUGAGCAACACACUGCUGUCUCAUCUUGUGAGGUCGCAGGUACAGUUUGCAUUUGAUUUUGUGUCCCGAGAAAAAGGGAAGUUGGUGGAGGACCCCCUCCUCCCCAUAAAUUAUUGCUAGGCUUUUUCCAAAAUGAAGGUUUAAGGCUCAAGGCAAGAACCCAGAGGCUGUUCCCUUAAUUGCAACUUACCUCAGUAACAUAAGCACGGGCUAAAGGAGAAGAUGACUCCUCUUGUUUAAGGUCGGUGUCAGAGAUUCCUUCCGCUCUGACCAUAACACUAUUCAUCAGUUCUGUGCUAUUUUGGUCACUGAAUUUGGAUACAUGAGCAUCAUUAAAUGAUGGCUCUACAGUAAUCUUAGGCUGAUGAAUUUCAUCUGGGAAAGUGUCUGCUUCUAGGGCAUCUGGAGGCUCAGGAAAAUCAGAUGAGUGAAUAUCACUGUCUACUGUCAGUUCUGCUUGGGAUAUGGAAGAAGUGAUGUCUUCUGUGGCAACAGUCUGAAUGAUGACGCGUGGUGUGUGACACUGCACCGUGACGUUGUCACUUGUGUUUAACAAAUGUUCUGGCUAUAAAAUGUCAAAGGAAAUGAUCAGUGGCAAAAUGAGAAAGUCCCAACCAGACUUCAGUUAUAGGCGACAACUACCAUUUACAGGUGGCACCUGCCUGUCCCCAACCCUGCCCUCUCACCUCUGGAACUGCAGUGGUCUAGCACCGCCCCCCCAUCAUUCCAUCUCCUGUAAGGAGACACACAGGGGCAAAGGUUAUACCCCAGUAAAGGCAGAGUAAUGGUGUAAAACUAUGCUCCUAAGACAACAGCAGUAGGAAAAAUUGCUUAAUAAGUGGACUCUAUUAGUUCUGGCUCUUAAACUUAGUAUCACUUAAUCCUGGUCCCUAACAGGUACUCCAAUACUUAGACUACAUAAUCCAUUUCUCCCUUAGACCUACUGUUAUUAUUGAAGGCACAUGGGUUCUCUCAUAGUAUUAAAAACAAAAAGCUUCUGGUGACACUUAUCAGCCAGUCUUCUCUACAGAAACCAGAAAAAUCAAGGAACUGAUGGAACAUACGGAUAAAGCGUGAACAAUGAUCUGUUCAGGAGAAGCAGGUGCGGCAGUCGUCAGGGUUACUGUGGGACUAGCUGUCAGAGUGAGGGGAAGGCCUUGGCUUGAGCUUGUCUGAAGCAGGUAGGUGCCUGGAGUGCCAGUGGGCUGUAAAUGGAAAGACUGAAGCAAAAAAAUUAAGAUCAACAUAGGUGCAAGAGACUGAGUAAAUAAGCUUACUUAAGUCUAGCUUUAUAUCUGAAAUGGAGUCUUUAAUUUACUAGCCACAAAUGUGCUUCCCGAUCCUGAAGGUGCCCUCAAGUAACAAAAUGAAGGGUAUAAUACUGACUUGUCCUACGUCCUUACACUUGUCUUGGAGGUUUAACAGAGAACCUUGAUCCUGCUCUUCACUCCCAUGUAUUUCUAUGGUCUGGUCUUAGCCAUUUAUUUCAAGGCACCAAGACACGGUAGCAUAAGCCACUGUGUCCAGUGCGGUAACCCGCACACCGUCUUCCUUCACGGUCUGUCUAGCAUGUAAAGAAUUGGCACUCUCCCCACUUUUUAAAAGUUUCACAUUUUUGAAAAGGCACUACAGAGUUUACUUGAACAGAUUUUUUCCAUAGUAUAAUUUUAGGAACUAUUUUUUAUACUAAGGUGAAAUGUACAGAGAUCGUGAUUAGUGUUCUGAAUGAAAAAGAGUAACUUUGAAAAGCUGGUUAACUAAUAGUAAGUUUAUCUUGAUAGGUUUCACAGAACUGUCCCAAAACUAUUCAACUUCUAUGCUUGAUAAUUUGAGUUCGGUUUAUCCUUUUCUCCCACAGGGAAAGUAUUUACACUUAGAGGGUGAUGUUGAAGUCCUAGAGCCUGUGGUCUUGUGUACUGAAGUUAUAAUAGCUCUCCUGGUACUAGCUCAAUGAAAGUAAGUUUCCUUAUUGCUAAAGCAGGCAUAAUAACUACCUCAGGGAAGGGGUUGUGGGCAUUACAGAUUAUUACAAAAUGGUGCCUGGCACACAGUAGGACUCAAGUAGGACUCGAUUUCUUUCCUCCCUCCAUAGAAAUAAAAGCUGAUCAUUUACAAUUUAUAAUUAGUAAAUUAGAUGUGGUCAGACAAUAAAUACUUCAUGUAUUAAAUAUAUGCAUUUUAUUUAAGUUCCUGUAAUGUUCAUGAUUUUUUGAAGCUGAGGCAAUAUCAUCUUUUAUUAAUAAAUUAGGACAGAAGUCUAAAUAUCUGUGACCCAAAUAAGUAAAAACCUGAACACAUACUCUAAAUAUAUGUAUGUAUAUUAUUUGGCCAGGGGGCAGAGAGGAGGUGGCCAAAAAAAAAAGUUUUCAACCUGUGACAAAGGGUUAUAUUACACAUCCCUAUUUUCGAGACCACAGAAUUAGGAAGUGGAAGCUUAGGUUAAAUAAAUUGCUAGUAGAGGUUCCAAAGUUGUUCUAAAAGAGAACCUUUAGCCAUGUCGACUAUCCUCAUGAGAUUUGACUGUGCAGAGGAUAAACUUUUGCCCUAAUAGCCCUAUGUUUUUCACAGCAAAUAAAGCUUGACAGAAUUUAAAUAAAACCUACUUUAUAU